CUUUCAUUUCUGAAAAUCAGCACAUGCAUUUAACGAGCCAUUGAGUCCACAACACCUACUCAUCUUAAACUUCUCUUGCUAGUCACAAAAAAAUCUCAUUCCAUGUUUAGUUGUCCAAACAGUUAUGACAAGUAAUCACUAGCCACUUCUCAGUCUAUAUGUCUCACUUACAUUGUUUAACUGGAUUCCAGCCUCCGUCUAUAUUAAGCUCUCUGACUUCUCGUUUCUGUCGAAGAAAUUGAUCAAAAAUGGCCGUUUCUGGCUCUUUGUUUAGACCAAACCAACCCCUUUCUCCAUUUCUGAAACCUACAAAGCCAAACCUUAGUUGCAAAAAACAUUCUUAUAUUGGCGAUGCAAAUUGGUGGUUGCUGUUGUGUUUUCAGUUCUGUCUGAAAGCCUCAGCGGGAAACUUGGAAGAUGAGGAACCUAAAAUGAGUAUAAGGAAAGAAAAUGAUGGCUGGAAGAUCGAUUUCUCAGGACAGAAACCGGCUACGCCAUUGUUGGACACCAUCAACUACCCUGUUCAUAUGAAGAAUUUGGCCACAAGGGAACUUGAGCAACUAGCAGCAGAGAUUAGAGCAGAUAUUGUGCACACUGUAUCGAAGACCGGUGGGCAUCUGAGCUCAAGCUUGGGAGUAGUAGAGCUGACGAUAGCUUUGCACUACGUGUUCGACGCACCUGAGGACAAAAUUAUAUGGGAUGUUGGCCAUCAGGCAUACCCGCAUAAAAUUCUGACGGGAAGAAGGUCGAGGAUGCACACGAUUAGAAAAACAUCUGGGCUUGCAGGGUUUCCAAAGAGAGAUGAGAGUGUUUACGAUGCUUUUGGUGCUGGACACAGCUCUACAAGCAUAUCAGCUGGACUUGGCAUGGCAGUGGCUAGAGACCUUCUAAAGAAAAAGAAUAAUGUCGUUUCAGUGAUUGGAGAUGGAGCAAUGACCGCAGGACUUGCAUACGAGGCCAUGAAUAAUGUAGGAUGCCUUGAUUCUAACCUAAUUGUCAUAUUGAAUGACAAUAAACAAGUAUCUCUACCAACUGCAACCCUAGAUGGCCCUGCAACCCCUGUUGGAGCUCUCAGCAGGGCUUUAACCAAGAUUCAGGCAAGCAAAAAGUUCCGCAAACUUCGUGAAACAGCAAAAGGCCUCACUAAGCAAUUUGGAGGACAGGCACAUGAACUUGCAGCAAAGGUAGAUGAGUAUGCAAGAGGAAUGAUCAGUGCUUCUGGCUCCACUCUCUUUGAGGAACUAGGGCUAUAUUACAUCGGACCAGUUGAUGGACACAAUAUUAAAGAUUUAGUAGCCGUGUUUGAAAAAGUGAAAGCCAUGCCUGCCCCAGGGCCAGUUCUAAUACACAUAGUGACAGAAAAAGGAAAGGGCUAUCCCCCAGCCGAAGCUGCAGCUGAUAAAAUGCAUGGUGUUGUAAGCUUUGACACAAAAACAGGCAAGCAAUUUAAGUCCAAAUCCUCUACACUGUCAUAUACACGGUACUUUGCUGAAUCUCUCAUCAAAGAAGCUGAGGCUGAUGACAAGAUUGUAGCGAUCCAUGCAGCUAUGGGUGGGGGAACAGGUCUCAAUUUCUUUCAAAAAAGGUUUCCAGACCGCUGCUUUGAUGUGGGGAUUGCCGAGCAACAUGCAGUUACUUUUGCAGCUGGUUUAGCCACUGAGGGUUUCAAGCCAUUCUGUGCCAUAUACUCAUCGUUCUUGCAACGAGGAUAUGAUCAGGUGGUGCAUGAUGUGGAUCUUCAAAAAUUACCUGUCCGCUUUGCAAUGGAUCGAGCUGGCUUGGUUGGUGCGGAUGGACCUACCCACUGUGGGGCAUUUGAUAUCACAAACAUGGCUUGCUUGCCCAACAUGGUGGUAAUGGCCCCAUCUAAUGAGGCUGAGCUUAUGCAUAUGGUUGCAACGGCAGCAGCCAUCGAUGACAGACCCAGCUGCUUCAGGUUCCCCAGGGGAAAUGGUACUGGAGCCGUUCUUCCACCAAAUUACAAAGGAACUCCUCUUGAGAUUGGGAGAGGAAGAAUUAUUAUGGAAGGCAAUAGAGUAGCUAUUUUGGGUUUUGGUUCUAUAGUUCAACAAUGCACUGAAGCAGCACACAUGCUCAGAUCUCAGGACAUUUAUAUAACAGUAGCUGAUGCAAGAUUUUGCAAGCCUCUAGAUAGAGAUCUCAUCAAGCAAUUAGCAAAUGAGCAUGAGAUUCUUAUUACUGUAGAAGAAGGUUCUAUUGGUGGUUUUGGCUCACAUGUAUCGCAUUUCCUGAGCUUGACGGGUAUUUUGGAUGGAUCUAUCAAGUUGAGAGCAAUGGUGCUUCCUGACAGAUACAUUGAUCAUGGAUCACCCCAAGACCAGAUACAAGAAGCGGGGCUAUCCUCAAGACAUAUCUCUGCGACAGUCUUAUCUAUGCUAGGGAGGCCAAAAGAAGCCCUGCAGCUCAAGUAAGCACCAAAUAAAAUAAAAUAAAAUAAGAAUCUAGCACAGCGAGACAAAAAAUUCGAAAGGAAGUUAUUAAGCGCAUGGAAUAUGAUGGAAAACUCAGCUAGGGUCCAAGCCAAUGUUAGAUCUCUGGAUUCUGCUUUCGAGGAUUAGAGAAAAUUGUACAAAUCUAACUUAAAAGAUUUGUAUAUGGAUUGUUGUUGUUGAUAUAGAAGGUCAAAACUCCUUUUGGUAUCACAAAUGAACUAGUAAAACCACAGUUCUGUUUUUGUUAGUUCGUUGGUUGCAUCGUGUAAUGAACAUCACAAAAAAGCUUGAGUUCCCACCCCUUAUUUCACUCUGUUUUUUGUUCCUGUUGGAAUGAAUUUGGCAGAUGGAACACAUCAAACUUGCACUGAAAGUGUCAAAAUUAAGUGGAUUCUCAACUGUCUCAGAUUUGAUAAAGAAUCCAUUUGGAUAAUUACUAGCCAACAAAAAUUUUCAAUUGGAGUUAGGGCUUUGAUAAGUGGAGUUGAGUUUUAAUUGGUGGAUGAACCUGUCAUCCGUCAAGCUCAAUGAGCAGUAAUGCAAGUAGAACCCGCAGCAAAGAACAGGAGGAUUUUGAAGAAGGGAGAAUGGUAGCUGCGGUCACACU